AGUUGUAUUAUUUAUUUAUUUUUUCGUCAAAUCAUAGUAUUAGAAACUUUGCAAACUUGCUCUCGGUACGCGCCAUCGCCAUCUUCUUCCGUAAUAUUAGGGUUCACAGAGAGGGGGAAAACAACUGCAAUCAGUCUAUUAGGGUUCGGGUUUUGGAGCUAUAACCAGAACUUUCGUACCCAUUUGCCUCAAUUUCAUCACCAUGUCUUUCCUUGAAGAAUUCAACGCCAAUUUGGAAUCUCUGCCUAAUAUUUUGGCUAAGAAUUAUUCGGUGAUGCGCACUCUAGAUCGAAGUUUACAAGAUAACCAGAGACAAAAUGAACAACGCUGCGAACAAGAAAUUGAGGACAUAAAGCGUGAAAUUAAGUCUGGGAAUAUUACACCUGAUACUUCCCUUAUUAGAUUCUCAGAUGAGGCUCUUGAUGAGCAGAAGCACAGCGUUGGGAUUGCAGACGAAAAGGUUCUUUUGGCUGUACGGGCAUAUGAUCUGGUGGAUACACACAUACAACAACUUGAUCAGUACUUGAAAACUUUUGAGGAAGAGCUGCGUGAAAGAGAUAGUGCUGCCGCGAGCGCCUUGCCUGCUCCAAAUCCCGAUAGUGGUGCAAAAUCUGGAAAGAGUAGUGAAGGUGGUAGAGGAGGGCGUAAGAAAACAAGACUAGCAACAGCCGCGGCAGCAGCAGCAACUGCAUCUGUCAAUCCUACUGCUAUGGAUUUAGAUAUACCAGUGGAUCCAAAUGAACCCACGUACUGUUUAUGCAACCAAGUUAGCUACGGGGAGAUGGUUGCAUGCGAGAACCCCAAUUGCAAGAUAGAGUGGUUCCAUUUUGGGUGUGUUGGUCUGAAGGACAAACCAAGAGGAAAGUGGUAUUGUACAGAUUGUGCUGCAUUGAAACCUCGCCGGAAAGGCAAAUGAUGAUGCCGAGUACUUGUUACAGGAACCUUGUUGUAGUCAGUGAUCUCAAGUCUAUCGCCCCAGUGGUACUAAUUGUUUUGAUUUGAAAUUACUGGUCUUGGAAACCAUUUCUAAUCACUCUCUAGUAUAGGAAGUCAUAGUAAUUAUGGACCAAUAAGAAUAGAGUUUUUAUUUACAGUAUUGAUAAUUAAUGUUAGGAACUUCUUUCUGACUCCAUGGUUUUAGGAGUACAUAGAAGAAUCCCUAUCUUAAGACGUACUAAAAAAUUUUGUCCGUGCGUUGUGCGAUAUUAGAAAUCGUAUGAAAGAGGCAUAAAAGAUUGCUUCCUCAUUUUCUUUCUUUC